AUGGCUUGGGUGUCGAUUCUGCGAGGCGGCUUCAAUGCCUUAUUCUUUCCAAUUGUUUACCUAGCGAUCUGGGCAUAUAGACUACUACGCAUCUUGACCUCGCCAUUGGUAGCACUGGGCUAUCUUCUGCUCCAUGUCGCCUUGAUACCUCUGAGAAUUCUUGCUAGAUUUGAGGCCUUGUUUGUCUUCCUCACAAUUGCCAUCCUGGCAGGGAUUGGGAUUGGAGUUUUCUUAUUCGGCACGACUACAUUGACCGUCGAAACAGCUGAUCGACUGGUCAAAUUCACACUGAGUAUUGCUGCUAGAAAGUUCUUUGGGGACAAUGAUGACGGCCCCGAUAGCAUGGUGAAGACAACGCCUUCAUCAAGCACUGUCAGUACCGAAGAUGACUACUUCACAGCCUGGCAUGGGAGACAAGCCUCACGGGAUGUGAAUAAAGCCGCCCUUCUAGCCGACACGAUUGUCGAGGAGGAGGAAGCCAGCCGAAGCACGAGCCGUUCCAGGUAG